UUCUGGACGUCAUAUGUAUUUGUAAAGAAAGUUAUGUAUUAUACAGUAUCCACUAAAGCGGGUGGUAGUAGUCAAGGAUCAUCCCGAGAUACUUGUGAUGAUAUAGGAAGAUUGAGCGACGUAUUCUGCAUGUCACCGGAUACCCCUUCCUGUGACUCUAUAUUUCCAGGUCUCGACGAUAGUUGCGUGGAUGAUGUCCUAGGUGAUGGUAUUCACGAUCAAGAUCUACUUGAUAAUGACUGUUAUAAGGAAAUUCAGUCACAUAUUGACUUAAAAAACAUUGCAUGCAAUGAUUAUGAAACGGUGACUGCCGAGGAAGCUAUCAAAGUACUCAUCGGAAAUAACACAUCUUUUCCGGAUUCCAUAAAGAAACGUUUGCAUAAUUAUCAGAGUGAUUUAAAUCAUCGAUGUACUGCCUGGCAACGAUUAGAAUUGGAAACUAAUCUAGAGAUACUGUCAACAUUGUUGUUCGAAUGGCUAGAGGGUCUUAAACAUCCGCUUCUUGAUGUUGAUAGUCUCAGUUAUAUUGUCGCGUGGAGUUCAAAGCCGCAGCGGUGUCUUGGAAAAUUGUCCGUCUGCACAAGAUACUUAUUAGAAUAUCUUUUACGAUUUGUUACCCGCUUAAGGCCUGUGACAUCGGAGAGUCAGAGCUUAAUUACUAAGAGACUUAUGGCGGCGCUGACACAACAAACAAUCUGGAUCAAGAAUUCUUUUCAUCCUUCAAAUAAACAUUUUCAGAAAUUGCGACGUGGCACCGCUGGAAAACUAAAUGAAUUUUUCAUUCGCUUGAUGAACUUGAUAGAGGAAGUUAACACUCAAGGAUUGGACAAACCCCCAUGGGCAUCUAAAUGGGAAUUAUUAUCCAAACAUUUGCGUGAUAUGGAUAAUCAGAAAAACAAUGAAUAAGUGUAAUAAAUUGACAUUUAGCAU